AAAAAUAAUAAAAAAAUAAAAAAUAAAGAAGAAGAGGACACCGGGAAGGUGGUGAUUGAUGUGACCUCAUCUCCUUGGAAUAUUUAUAUGCAGUUUGGUGUCUCUUUCAGUAAUGAAAUGAGCGAAAUCAUCAUAUCUCUGUCAAUGUAAACGGGAUUCGUCUUCUGCUCGAAUAAGAAUUGUUGAUUCAAAAAUCGUCUUCUUCAGGUUUCGCUGUGACCAAUAUCAGCACCACUGUUCAGAUUUUGUUUCAAAUUCCACCCUUACAAGUAUGGGAAGAACUCCAUGCUGCAACGAAGCUGGGUUAAAGAGAGGUGCAUGGACAGCUGAUGAAGACCAGAAACUCAUCGCUUAUAUUCAAGAACACGGCGGAGGAGGGUGGCGUACCAUGCCUCAGAAAGCUGGUCUCCAGCGAUGUGGGAAGAGCUGCAGAUUGAGAUGGGCUAAUUAUCUUAGACCUGAUAUUAAAAGGGGAGAGUUCAGUACGGAGGAGGAGAAAAUGAUCAUUCGACUUCAUGCUACUCUAGGCAACAGGUGGUCUGCAAUUGCGAGGCAUUUGCCAAAAAGAACGGACAAUGAGAUCAAGAAUUAUUGGAACACACAUCUCAAGAAACGACUAGUUGAUAGGGGCAUUGAUCCUGUGACUCAUAGGCUGAUUACCUCAUCAUCCAUGGAUAAUCCCUGCAACAUGGUUGAGGAAAGAAGUGACUCUGAAAUCAGGCCAAUCCAAAGGUCUAUCUCAACUUCAGCUAAGUUGAUCAACCAAGUAUCUGCAAAGUUUGCUCAAAUGCAGCGUAAAGAAAUGACCACCACAGUCUCAACACCUCCAACUUGCCUUGAUGCAAUCAAGGCAGUUUUGCUUAACUCAACUAAAGAUACCAUUACUUAUAGUGGCAGCAGCGGCGGAGGAGGUGGCGACAAUGGUGAUGAUAGUGAUGUUGAAAUGAUACCAUCUAGGCCUAUUUCACGUUCAAGUCGGAUAUUAAAUAAAAUGGCUACUAAACUAGCACCAUCAAAGAGUCUCGACUUGCUUAAGAAUAGGCUUAGCGUUCCAUCAAAGCAAUCAAUGGCAAGUAGGAGUGUUUCUGAUACUAGUACUACUGGUGGUACUUACAAUAACAUUGAGUCUCCCAUUUCUAUAUCAGACCUUUUGGAGAGCAUGCCAACUUCAUCUUCUGCAUGCGAAUCAUCUGAACUUACAGGAAAUUUAAGCAUGGGUGAAGAUCAAGUUAACGAAGCAUUCGCAGUUCUUCAUCAAGCAAUGGAGUUGGAGACCACCGCCACCCCAGAAUCUCCUAUGUACACAACCAAUGAAUUAGAAGAGCUUUUAGGAAAUUAUGGAGGUGAUCAAGAUGGGGCAACUAUUACCAAUGAUGUGACCAAGAGCAAGGCAUGUGAUUCCCAAGUUGCCACAUCUAUGGAACCCGCUACUGACUUCAUUGAAAAAUUCACAAAUAUGCCUUUCGGUUGCAGACCUAAUGAGUACUCCACCACCAAAGAUAAUUUCUAUGGUGAGGAGGAAAGCAAUGGUGGAGCACUGGAAGUGAAUAUGAAUUAUUGGAAUGAGGAUUUUGAUUGGUUAAUUACGGAUUGCAAUAAUUGAUGUAGGGAGCACACUUUUUGAUUGAUUACUUUCUUCCUACAUCGAAAUCAAGUUUUGUUAGUCAAGACUGUGCUUGUCACCACCUAGUUAAGUAUCUUAUUUCUAGUCCAAUUUCAGAGAUCAAUUUCUUGAAA